GUUUGUUUUAUCAACCAACACGCAAUCCAAAGAGAUAGGGUGGCCGCCAUUGUUGAAAACUGGUAAAACGGUACGAUGAUCCGUGAUCCGUUUCUUUCCUCUAUUUCUCAUCACACACGCUUACGCUACCCAUCUCUCUGUGCCUAAUAAUAUGCAUAUCGAAGUUCUUCGAUUCGAGUGAGAUAUCGAGUAUGAGAGAAGAUCGUUGACAUUGACGCUUUUCAUCAAAAGCUUCGCCGACAUUGAAUUCGAGCUCUACCCAUCUCUCGUUUUCACUCAAUAGCCUCCACAAGCAGACCAAAAUCUCAUUCUCUGAAGUUGCAAUUUGUGUCCUGUACUUCCAUGACAUGUCGACAACUGUACUUGCAGGAGAAUACAUGGCUUAUUUAGCAACCGCUGAAGCUUGUGAUUCAAAUACAGCACUUAUAGUCAGUGGUGAUCUGCGUUGUCUGCAACCUAUCUUCCAGAUUUACGGGCAGUGUAGAGCAUUCUCCGGUCCGGUUGUAACCCUUAAGGUAUUUGAAGAUAAUGUGUUGGUGAGGGAGCUUCUUGAAACCAGAGGUGAAGGCAGAGUUCUAGUUAUAGACGGUGGAGGAAGCUUGAGAUGUGCGUUGGUGGGAGGGAAUUUGGGACAGUCGGCUCAGAAUAUGGGGUGGGCUGGUAUUGUAAUCAACGGCUGCAUUAGAGAUGCAGAUGAGAUUAAUGGUUGUGAUAUUGGAGUUAGAGCUAUGGGAACCCAUCCCCAGAAAUCAAAUAAAAAAGGUUUUGGCGAGAAGCACAUUCCUGUUCACAUUGCAGGAACCUUGAUUCGUGAUGGUGAAUGGUUGUAUGCAGAUAGUGAUGGGAUUCUUGUCUCAAAAACUGAGCUUACCGUCUGAACCUGCUGCUAAGCAAGCUGCCAUUGUGAAAGACCAUUUGAUUUGAUGAUGAAGAGUACUAUGUAUGUAAUAAAGAGGAGAGGAAUGUACUUGUUUUCCUCUCGUUAUUUAUAAGUCAGUUUCUUAUGAACUUGGACUUUUUUCUUCCUUUGCCCAAAAACAAAAUGUUCCCCUUGUUUGUAGUGAUCAUGAAAUAUUUUAUUUAUAGUUUCAAAUCUGUAAUGGAAUAUGAUGGUUUCCUCCUCAACUCGAAGCCAAUAAAUUUGUGUUUUCGGUUGUUUUCC